AUUCCGUAAAUCCGCCAUUUUGUACGUAGCUAGCGGUAAUCGAAGGUUCGCUUUCCCGGUUUUGUGGUGAAUGCGUGAAAAACUGUAAACUUCUUCCGUUUGAAGCUUCCAAUUGACUUUUAAUCGAAUUUACUUUAUUUAGUGAAAUAUAUUUUCAGCUGUACCUAGUGCUUUCGUGAUAAGUGAGUGCCCAGUAAUUGGAGCGCGUGGCUGCUUGUGCCUUUGUUGUUGGAUUCAGCAUUUCAAGUGAUCUUAAUCGACGCGUUACGUUUCCAGAGUUUACUGUGUGGUGAAGUGGUUAGUGGUAGUGGCGAUUGUCGUGUCAGAGUGCUAGUGAAGUAAGCAGUGAUAAGUGUAGUUCUCAACUAGUGUGUGUGCGUCCAGUGCGGCGCCUGUGCCGGUCAACUAGAUGCCGGUGCGCCGAUGGAGCGGUGAUCUUGGAUUGAUUGCGCCUCGGCAAAACUGGUAAAAUGAACGCGUCGAGAUCAACACGACCGGCUUCAAAACAUCAACCCUAAUGACAUUGAUAUUGUGACGCGCUGCAAAGCAGUAAAAAAAGCGGCUCUGCCGCUUUAAAUGGACAAACGCAAGAUGCUGCCAAAGAGACCUCGCAUGGAUAGCAUUCGGGGACCCAUCGCAAAUGGACCCCUACAAUCGAGGCCCCUAGUGGCACUUUUGGACGGUCGCGAUUGCACCGUCGAAAUGCCAAUACUGAAAGAUGUCGCAACGGUUGCGUUCUGCGACGCUCAAAGCACCUCGGAAAUACAUGAGAAGGUGUUAAACGAGGCGGUGGGAGCCCUAAUGUGGCACACCAUUAUACUAACUAAGGAGGACCUCGAGAAGUUUAAGGCGCUCAGAAUUAUUGUGCGCAUCGGCUCCGGCGUUGAUAAUAUAGAUGUCAAAGCGGCCGGCGAGUUAGGUAUAGCAGUAUGUAACGUGCCGGGUUACGGCGUGGAAGAAGUUGCAGACACGACACUUUGUCUCAUACUCAACCUCUACCGACGGACUUACUGGCUCGCUAAUAUGGUCAGGGAUGGCAAGAAAUUCACAGGACCAGAACAAGUCCGCGAAGCGGCAUCAGGUUGCGCGCGUAUCCGCGGUGACACAUUAGGAAUUGUCGGCCUCGGCCGUAUCGGUUCAGCGGUGGCUCUACGCGCCAAAGCGUUCGGCUUCACCGUCAUUUUCUACGACCCAUAUCUGCCCGACGGUAUUGAAAAGUCGUUAGGACUUACGCGCGUCUAUACCUUACAGGACCUAUUAUUCCAGAGUGAUUGUGUAUCAUUACAUUGCAGCUUAAAUGAACACAAUCACCACCUCAUCAACGAGUUUACUAUUAAACAAAUGCGUCCAGGCGCGUUCCUAGUGAACACAGCGCGGGGCGGGCUCGUAGACGACGAAGCGUUGGCAGCCGCGCUUAAGCAGGGACGUAUACGCGCAGCCGCACUCGACGUGCACGAGAAUGAGCCCUUCAAUGUCUUCCAGGGUCCGCUUAAAGACGCGGUGAACUUAUUGUGCACGCCACACGCGGCGUUCUACUCGGAUGCGUCGGCGCAAGAGCUGCGGGAAAUGGCAGCCUCUGAAAUACGGCGUGCCAUCGUUGGUCGCAUACCCGAUUGCUUGCGCAACUGUGUCAAUAAGGACUACUUCCUGGCGGGCAGCGGCGGCGUGGGCGUAGGCGUACCCGUGGGCGUCGGCGUAGGGUCGGGCGGAGGCGGGACGGCUCCUACCCCGUACAGCGAGGGCAUGAACGGCGGCUACUACGGAGGCACUCAGGCCGCGCACUCCACCACGGCGGUGCACGACCCGCCCGCGCUGCCGCCGCAACCCGCGCCGCAGCCCUCCAAUCCGCAGCCGCCCAUUACGCUGCCGCCAAUAAACACCUCUGACCCGGCGAACCACCAGAUGAAGCAGGAAAGUUCUGACGUGCACUAGGCGCCGUACGUUGCAGUACCGCACCAACAUACAAACAAUAGUUUUAUUCACCCUCAUACCCCUCCCUUAAUGUAAGCGACACACGCGGGACACUGAGUGAAUGACGUGUGCUCUACGUGUAGGUUAGUUAAGUGCAGAAUGUAUCGCGGGCCGGACUCUAGCCCGAGGCCCCGAGGCCCCUGUGUUUGCAUGUUUGGUGUCCCCCGCUCGGAAAGACAUUUCGCCGACCCGAUUAUUGAAAAACUAUUAAUGUUAAAUGUACAUUUCGGGGUUAAAAUUUACGGAUAUUCCGAGACUAGUGUAGGGGCUCCGAGUCUUGAGAUUUGAGUUUGGAGCUUUUGUGUCGUCGGUUGGGCUUAGGCUUCAGGGGCCCCACGGAGCUGUGUACGAUUAGUUUCUUUUCGAAUAUAAUUUGAAUGCUCUGUGUAUUUGAAUGCGUUCGCGACUGCAGAGGCCGACACUGACUUUUCACAACGAUAACAUUUUUAACGUCAUGUAACUUGUUUUAUGUACAUUGAGUAGUGCUCGGAUGAUAUUGCAUUUGGCAGAUUUAAAACAAAUUUUAUGGCGAUUGGUAAACAUUUAAAAUGUUGGAUCACUUUGAUUUUUUGUUAAGUCGCAAGGAAUCUUAAAUGUUGAAGUGUGGCCUCGGCAGUGCGGCAGAGUAAGCUUGGUAAAGCAUUUGAUAGCAUUUGUAUUCGCUACUCGGUACCGCAUGCAUUCGUAUUAUUUUUAAGACAAACGACUGUAGAUUAUCAUCACACUUAAAACAGGAUUUUCUUGUUUUUAUUUUGAGAAUGUACAAAAAUGCUUUUGAUUUUUGACUUUUUUUUUUCUAAAUAGCGUUAAGUAUUUGUACAUGAGCGAACACCAUACGACCGUAAGGGCCAAAAUCUCUUGUGGAUCCGAGAAAUUGGUAUUUAAAAUUAGUAUUUACUUACAGUUUAGUUUAAUGACAAAAACAAUGUGUAUAUUUUAUGAGAAAGUGAAAAAGUUCUUAAAUAAAACUAUUGUUUUCGGAUUAAUGA